AUGUAUGAUGUGCGUAACCGGAACUCAUACACGUGCAACCCGCUUUUUCACACUCUCCAGGCGGCAGAGGCGCAGGAAUCGCUGGAGGAGGAAUCCAUGGCGGCCGUGCGCAGCAACGUGGCGGAAGAGAUCCGCUCCGCGCGCCCGGACUGCUCCCCGGACCAGGUGGCAGUGCUGGUGGACGAGGAGAUGGCAACGCUGCAGGAGAUGUGGGAGAGGGAGCUGAACGUGUUGCUGGAUAAGAUCUCGGAGGCCCAGGAGUGUCUCGACACCGUUCCAGGCAUAGACCUACCAGCCGUCUAUGCGUUCAUAGAAAAGCACACAUCAAAAGCAGCACGCACAGCGGCCUGGAAGGAGCGCUCGCACUGGAUCACCGACCCUAAGCGCGACGCUGCCAAGGCUGAGGCUCGGCGGCAAAGGGAGGCUUGGAGGAGGGCUGAGGCUCGGGCGGCGGAGCGGAAACAGAGCAAGCGGGCGGGCAAGAGAAAGCGGGGAGAAGGGGAGGAGGGAGAUGAGAGUGAGGAAGAGAGUGAGGAGGGAGAGGAGGAGGAUGAGGAUGAGGAUGAGGAGGAUGAGGAGGACUGGGUGCGGGCAGCUGAGAAAGUUUUGGCGCACACACGUCCUAUCGCAGAGACGAGUAGGGGGCUGGCGCCGGUGGGAGCGAGUGGGUACCUGGAGAAGCUGCUGCGCGAUUGCGAGGAGACAAUGGUGGGCGAGGCGACCAAGGCUGCUGCUGACGCUCUCCAAGCAGAUGUGACAACAGCGCCUGAUGCAGCAGCAGGAGCAGCAGAAGGAGUUGAUGCCGAGAGUAAGGGAGACGGUACAGCUGGGGGCGCGAGUGAGCAGCAGAAAGGGGCAGACGGGGCACCGGCAGGAGUAGGAGGUCAGCGUGCAAACGCAUUACGAGCAGCAGCAACAGCUUCUAUGCUCAAGACCUGGGACGUGUACGAUUCAGCUGUUUCCAAAGCGGCAGCAGCGUUGGAGUUGAAUGCGAAAGUGGAGGAGAUUGCAGAACCCAAGAUGACUGAUGUGAAGGAGGCUGUAGCGGUGGUGGAGGAAGGAAAGAAAGGGCUCACGUCACAGCAGAUUGCCAGCAUGGUCAAGAUAGGGGAUGGGGAUGAUGCGAAGAAGAUAAAGCAAGCGAGGAGGAGGACGUAUGAGUCAUGGCAUGUGGUGGGAGUUGUGACUCUUGCCGGAGCGGGCUCUGCAACGGCGCUGUCUGAACCUGCUGUGCGCAUCCACCCGUUCCUCUCAGAGUGCCUCAAGGACCACCAGGUGGAGGGUGUGCGGUUCAUGUGGCAGAACUGCAUUCACAGCAUGGCGCUGGUCCAAAGCGGCGAUCCCGGGUUCGGGUGCAUUCUAGCGCAUUCCAUGGGGCUAGGGAAGACACUCCAAGUGAUCUCGUUCGUGCACACUGUGCUGAACCAGUUCCACGCACAUGGGCUCCGAACGGUGCUGAUUGUCGCGCCUGUGAACGUGCUGCAUAACUGGAAGGAGGAGUUUCGGCGGUGGAUGCCAGUGGUGGGGAGCGGUGCUGCUGCGAGGGGGGGUGGAGGGGUGGGAGGAGGGAAGGGAGGUGGGGAGGGAGUGGGAGGGGUGAGGGGAGGGCCAGCGACCUGGUCGGGGCCGAAGAGCGGGCAGGAGGAGCAGAGGGAGGAGGUGGAUAUUCCGGUUUAUCUGCUUGAUGAUGCUGGCAGGACGAACGCGGAGAGGGCAAGGCAGCUGCGGCGGUGGAAGGAGGGGGGCGGCGUGAUGCUGAUUGGGUACCAGGCGUUUCGCAUGCUGUGCCUGGGCACGCACGUGCAGAAGGAGACGCUGCGACACACCUUCAGAUCAUGCCUGCAGGUAUGCUGGGAGGGUGCCUAUGGUGGUAUGUUGCGGGGGUUGCGUUAUGAGCAUGCCUUCAGCGCCUUGAGACGCCUCGAGACAUGUGCAGAAGGAGACGCUGCGACACACCUUCAGAUCAUGCCUGCAGGUAUGCUGGAAUGGGAGGUGCUUUUCAGAGGGCUCGCAGGUUUGUCGGUGGGUGGGUGUGUUGUGUGCACGCUUGUUGGGUUUGACCCGGGCCCAGACCUGCUGGUGUGUGACGAGGCGCACACGAUCAAGAACGACAAGGCAGACACGACGGUUGCCCUCAAGUGCGUGCGCACCAAGCGCCGCAUCGCUCUCACAGGCUCGCCGCUUCAGAACAACCUCACCGAAUAUUACUGCAUGGUGGACUUUGUACGCGAAGGCACUCUGGGCACCCCACACGAGUUCAAGAACAGGUUCGAGAACCCAAUCAUCAACGGCCAGCGCUCCGAUUCAGACAAAUCCGACGUGCGUCUGAUGCGGGAGCGCUCCUAUGUGCUCGCGAAUCUCCUCAAGGGCUUUGUGCAGCGCCGCUCGGCUGAUGUGGUGUCGCAUGAACUGCCCGACCGAUUCGUCUACGUGGUGGCUGAGGAAGAGGAGGCGAUACGGCAGGGCGGGUUGGGGGUGAGUGGCAAGCUCACAAUAGCGCUGGACAUCCUAAGGCAGGCAGCAGCAGUGGGCGACAAAGUGCUCUUCUUCAGCCAGUCGCUGCUCACUCUGGACCUCCUGGAACUGCUACUUGCCGACAUGCACGACCCCGUUGGUGCUGCUGGUGGUGUUGGAGCCAAGUGGACAGCAGGCGUGCACUGGUACAGAAUCGACGGGUCUGUGAGCGCCGCGCGCAGGCAGACGAUCGUGAACCGGUUCAACGAGCCGCGCAGCAACCGGCAGGCGCGGUGUGUGCUGAUCUCGACGCGUGCGGGGUCGGUGGGGAUCAACCUGGUGGCGGCUAACCGUGUCGUGCUGCUCGACGGUUCCUGGAACCCUGCCCAUGAUUUGCAAGCCAUGUUCCGUGUCUGGAGGUACGGGCAGACAAAGAAGGUGUUUGUGUACCGGCUGCUGGCAGCAGGGACCAUGGAGGAGAAGAUCUACAACCGCCAGGUGGUGAAGGAGGGGCUAGCAGCGCGAGUGGUGGACGAGCAACAGGUGGUGCGGCAUUUCACAGACCGUGACCUGGACGGGCUCUUCUCCCUUGAUGAUGAACCUUCACACGCUCCUCACACUCAUGCUCCUCACGCUCCUCCGCAUGCUUCGAGCCAAACUGGUCCGCAAGCAGAGAAGCACGCAGAGCAGCCGCAUGGGGGCGUGAAGGAGGGGGGUGCGCAGCAGCAGAAGGGCGAGAAGGAAGGAGAGGGGAAGAAGGGAGGCGCAGGGCCAAAGCACGGGCAGGGGGGUGGGAUAGGAGAGGGUAAGGAGGGGGAGAUAGCAGAUGCAAUUAUGCGGAAAAUCCUGUCGGAUCACAAAGACAGGUGGAUUGUCAGGUGGCAUGAGCACGAGCCGUUGCUCCGGGAGGUGGAGCAUGAGCUGUCCAAGGAGGAGCAGGAGACAGCGAUGAAAUCGUACUGCGAUGCCGAGGAUAAAGAGACCAUGGAGAACACGAAAAUGCUCUAUCUUGGCUGCACAUACCAGCCCGGACAGUUCAUCCUAGUCCCUCCGCUUGGUGUUCCUGGCCUUGGUACUGGUGGACUUGGUGGUGGGUUUGGUGGAGCUGCUGGUUUGGGAAAGGGCGCGAUGGGCCAGAUAGGCCAUUUUGCUCGUGUGCUCCGCCUCCUGCGCUCUAUCGCCAUGGCCGUACCGGCGCACCUUCACGCACUUCCGCCGCUUCCCCAUCCUUCCGCACUCUCUUCCCCAUCGCGCAAGUGGCGCGCGCUGGGCGUGCCGCAAUCCACUCUGCCACUUAGCCGGCGGGUGCACGACUUUCUCAGCGGUGAGCCUGCGCGUAGAUCGGGGAACACUCAUGGAGAAUGGGAUGGAUCCGCGCAGCGCGGAUUCCGGGAAGGAGGGCGACGCGCCGGCGGUAGGGAGUCAAUAGUCGCCGCGAUUGGGGCAUCGAGUGGGGGAUCAACGGCGCCGUCGCGUGGGCAAGGGAGCGGCGUCCCGCAUUCCAACCACUCGUCGAGUUCAUCCGAAUCGGACUCUGACUCUUUGCCUGCCUCCCGUCAAUCCUCCUCACUCUCCUCCUCCUCCUCCCCCGCCUCCGCAUCCGCAUCCUCCGCCAAUUCCGCCUCCGCGCGUCACCGGCUCCGCGGGCUGCGCGCCGACGACAUCCGGCACCCGCUGGACCGCCAGAAUACCGCGCUCCUGCGCGCAAUUCCCGGGCUAAACGACCUGGGCCGCGUGCUCUUAGGCCCCGUACAGGAGCAGAUUCUCGUACUGGAAAAUCUCGGUUCAGGAGUUCUCGUUUCCCCGCAGCAGCUGCCGUCCCUCCACGCGCUAAUGGAAGACGCGGCCGCCACGCUCGACAUGCCGUCGCCACCGGACCUAUACGUGCGGCAGAGCCCCGUUCCUAACGCGUACACGCUCGCGAUCAACGGUCAGAAGCCGUUCGUGGUGGUGCAUACUGCGCUACUAGACCUCCUCUCGCCGAUUGAAGUCCAAGCCGUACUCGCGCACGAGUUAGGGCACUUAAAGUGCGAGCACGGCCUCUGGCUCACCUUCGCGAAUCUCCUCGCGCUCGGCGCCGCGAGCUCCCUCCCCGGGUUCCUCGGCACGAUGCUCGCGCGCGGGCUGGAGGACCAGCUGCUGCGGUGGCUGCGCGCCGCGGAGCUGACGUGCGACCGCGCGGCGCUGGUCGUCGUGCGCGAUCCCCGCGUGGUCGUGUCCGUGUUGAUGAAGCUCGCCGGCGGAAGCACCAGCGGAGGCGGAAGCGGAUGGGGGGUGGCGCGCGCGGGGGGAGGCCCCGGGGGAAAUGACUGGGGCUGGGCGGGGAUGGGGGGAGCUAGGGCGGGAUCGUCCGUGGGUGCUGCUGGCGCAGGGGAGAUGGAGGGCGGAGGUACCAGGAGUAGCUGGUGGGCAGAAGAAUUGAGUGUUGACGCGUUUUUGGCGCAAGCGAGGUCUUAUGACGAGGCUGCUAAUAGCGGGCCUCUGGCUUGGUACCUGAGGAACGCACAGACGCGACAGCUGGCGCACCCGUUGCCUGUCCUGCGCGCUAGAGAGGUGGACAGAUGGGCCAGAAGCCCUGAAUUCAAAGUGCUGAUGGGGCGAGGCAAUGUGGCAUCAGCAGGUAUGGUAGGGGCAAGCAAGGGGACAGGCGCUGGUGGUGGCAGAACUGCUGGGAGCAGUGUGGAAGCUUCUGGGAAUGGAACGUCUGCGCCGACUGCGCGACUCGCCGCCACUCCCGCUGCCUCCGCCGCGUCUGAUGCUCCUUCCUCCGGCGCGACCCCUCUUCUACCGCUCCGCUCUGGAGCAUGCGGCCGUCCGCUCUCCCUCGUGGACACAGCGUUCUCCGCGCCUUCUCUCCGGGAAUCCGCGCAACCAUCCUCCGCUUCCGCGCGGGGACGUCGAGGCGCGGUGCUUGUUCGUGCUGAAUCGGUGGAAGGCAAAUGGACAAGAGAAGCGACGGACAAUACACAAGGGCUUGGCGCGACAGCAUCUGCGAAUUCAGAUUCCGAGGGCGAAGACGCCUCCGCUCCGCGGCUCACGGUGGCGCAGAAGCUGCAGCUGCAGAUGUCCUCCCCAACCUCGCUCCCCGACGGUACCACCAUCCCGCUCCCCAUCGGUGGGCGGCGGCGCGUGCUCUCCGCCUCGUACCCGCUCGCCGCGUGGACGCCCGCGCAGAAGCGCAACCUGGCGCGCGCAACGCUGCUCAGCAAGGUGGGGGAGCGGAACGACUCGCCGCUCUUCGCCACGAUCGGCGCGCUGGUUCUCGGUCCCCCAGUCGUCAUCCUAGCCGUCGCUUUUUUCUCCGGAUAUGUCGACUUUCUGGGCUGA